AUGUCCUUCAGUUUUGCUUCGUUCGAACGCAAAGACGCAUGGUUCUUACUUGCCCUCACGUUCCUGGUCUUUGUUGGGCUCUGGCGAUGGAUGAUCAGCCAAGGUCCAGACCCAGCGCUUCCGAUUGUGCAGGCGGACCGUCGCGGAUCCAUUGCAAAACUCAUUCCCACCAGGUUCUACUGGAUAAUUGACGGCCCAGCUAUAAUCGCGAAAGGACUCGCUGACUUCAACGAAACCCCCUUCCAGGUGCCCUCCACUAGUGGGUGGAAGGUAAUUUUGCCGACGAAGUAUGCGGAAGAGCUUAGGAAUAACGAAAAUCUGAGCUUCACCGAAUCAGUCAAGAAGGACUUUCUCGCCGGGUAUCCAGGUUUUGACGCUUUCACAGAAGGCCUCAAGGAUGAUUUCUUCAUGCAAGAGGUCGUCCGGGUAAGGCUUACUCAAUCUCUGGCUAUGCUCACAGACGAUCUUGUUGAUGAAACAAACGACAGCCUACACAAUAUUCUUGGGGAGGACGCCCACUACGAGUCAGUCGCAAUAAAAGAAAGAGUCCUUGACAUUGUUUCACGGCUAUCGUCACGUAUUCUACUAGGCCUACCUCUCUGCCGCAACCAGGCGUGGCUUGACAUUGCCAAGGGCCAUACGGUUGAUCUGUUCAAAUCCGCCCAGCUUAUGCGCUUAGUUCCAGCAAUAGCCAGGCCGCUGCUAUACCUGGUCCCCACGCCCUGCAAGCGCAUCAAAGCACAGGUCCAAGCUGCUCGACGACUGAUCAAUGAGGAAGUGCGACUUCGACGGGAGCGGACACAGAAGAUCCUAGAUGCGGGCGAGAAGCCACCGAAGCAGGCUGACGCCAUUGCCUGGAUGACCGAAAGCUCCCAUGUUCACGGCAGAGUGCCUGACUUUGUCGCUGCACAGCUUGCGCUGUCAAUGGCAGCUAUUCAUACUACCUCAGAAACUAUCUCCAACGCCAUUCUGGCACUUUGCGAAAGCCCAGAACUGAUCCGCGAGCUACGUGCUGAAGUCAUUGAGGUCCUCACAACCAACGGCUGGAGUAAGCAGACUUUGUACAAGCUGCGCAUCAUGGAUUCGUUUCUGAAAGAAUCUCAACGUGUACGACCAAUGUCAGCCACCUCGAUGAACCGUCUUGUGCUCAAGGACAUUACCCUGUCUGACGGCAUCGUACUUCGCGCUGGCUCACGGAUCAUGAUACGCGACUCGAAAGACGUCAAUGCUGAGGCGUUUCCUGAACCGGAAAAGUUUGAUCCUCAUCGCUUUCUCAAGAUGCGUGACCAUCCAGGAGAGGAGAAUCGUCAUCAGUUCGUCACGCUCACGGCUGAUCAUAUGAGUUUCGGCUAUGGCACACAUGCUUGUCCUGGUCGAUUUUUCGCUGCAAAUGAGAUCAAGAUCUUGUUCUGUUUCUUGCUGUUGAAAUAUGAGUUUCGAUACUUGAAGGCCGCGGACGGAAUAGAAGACCAGAAGCCAACGCACUUUUCGUUCGAGAAUGCAAUCGUUGCCGAUCCACGCUGUAAGAUACAGAUCAGGCGCAGAGAAGAAGAAAUUGAUCUUAUGGAUCCGAGCACUGGCAAGGCGAGCAUCGACAAGUGA